AUGCUAAAGCCUGCUCUAUCGGACGCUCUGAUUAACCAUGUUCGUGUUCUGCAGGUGAGCUUGGCCGCUGCUGAGCUAUGUCGAUGGCUUCAGGCGUUGUGUGAAUGUGCCAAUGCGCUGCAGCGUCUGCGCCUGCAAACCCAACAGCUGAAUGGGGAGGAGCUUCGUUUGGUUGAAGCUCAGACGUCACUGAUCCAACGUAAACUUGAAGCGCAAGCAGCUCAGUUGGGCUUCGAAGCCGCCCAACGACAUCGUGACCGAAUGCGCUUGGCCGCGGCGGAGCAAAAUGCUUAUGUUGAGGAGCUGGAACACUGCACGACCUCUGGUGGAGCACUGAGUGACAGUCUGGUGACACUGGUCAGUGGUAUAGAUGAGAUGCAAAGCAAAUUACCUGCAAGGGCCGAACUGAUGCCCUGGAUGAAUGCCCUGGCAGCUCUCUAUGCGGUUUGCUCUGCAAUGAUUCCUUUUGAAUACAGGAAACCUCUGUGGGAACUUUUGAAAGAGAAGAUGCUCACAAAGUUGCAGCAUCAUCUGGGUGAAGCAGUGUGUCACUAUUUUUUAUUGAAAGAUGUCAUCCGGGAUGGUCACGGAGCAAGCGCGAUCCAAUUGCUGGGAUCAUCAGGAUCGUCUGACUUCCUCCGGUGGUUAACUCAUCCGGACUUCCCGGUGGAACUGCAUCUGGCUCCUAGCAAUGGGAACCUGACCCCCACACUGUGCACAGUAGUUUGCCUGAGAGAACUUCUGCAGCGCAGCGUGAAUGACGCGGAGUUGCUUAGACAUACUGAGAGACUCACGGCAGUGCUUUGUGAUCCGGAUCAUGUGGCAGUUCGUCUGCUCAAAUCAUUACCAACCACGGUGAAACCAGAAAGGUUUAUCUAUGCUUCUCUUGUCUUUUUCGAUCAAGAUGCUUUACUCGUACUGGAGUUGGAUGAUGUCCUCGGAGUGGGAGAAGAGCUAAUGGCGUAUCGUGAAAAACUACAGAGAAUACAUGCCGAAAUAAACUGGUACAAAGCUUACAACUUCUCUCCGGUAUUUCUAACACACAGCUACAUUCGGGACGAUAAAGUGCGGGAAGCACUAAGUUUGCUAUCCGAAUUCAACCCAGUACCCGUCGAUGUUGCGCUGACAGAUCUGGAUUUCGCCGGAGCUGUGAUGUCACACAUGCUGAAGCACCAGCAACAUCCAAGGGAUGACACAUUGUCAACUCUGCACCGACUUCGUUCAGACGAUGCUGUUCUGACGUGCGAAACUGAAGCUUUGCAGACCCGUUUAUACACCAUCAUGGCCGGCCUUGCCGAAUGGAUGUUUCCCCAAAAACAAGUGCACCAGGUUGUCAGGAACUGCACAGACGUCGGGGAUUCUGAGCUGAAGCAAUCACCAAGUUUAAAUUUGGUUCGGGUCCAUAUUGAGAUUCUUGAUCUCCUUUCUGACUACAGAACCCGGUUGCACCGAUUGAAUGGUGUCCGACAAAAGCUUCAGCAGAUGGAGAAGCGCAUAUCUCUUGAGGCAGCUCGCACCGGAGCACGAGGUGUGAUUCCCGACGUGAUGCGCCAAGUGGCCUUAAUGAGUGGAGUACUGGAUUUCGGUUCAAAACAGCUUCUCCGUUGGCCUUGCCAACGAAUACUGAACAUUCUCGCGAGAGACUACUAUAGGACGAUCUGUUCGAUGUCGAUGUGUAAAACUCUUAUUACAUCAACCUGCUCAGAAGCCAUGCUACGGAUACUAGGAAAAAUUGCGUUGCGACUCCUGAUACAGCAAUUUUUCUCUUCACACGUGCUGCAUCCUAACUGGUUUCUUUUGAAAAUCAAGCUAUGCAUAUGCCUGGAACGCUUGCAGCAUGUCAAGACGAACCAGAUCGAGUGCUUCUCUGCAGCCCAUUUACCGGAAGUGCAAUGGCUAGAAAAGAUGGCCUACAACGUGGACUAUUCGUGCACUCUCAGCAAGAAUCUACCGGAAUUUCUUAACGCCUCGUUGGACGACCAGCUCGAACAACUUGAGGAAACAUUUGAAGACUUACGUGGACUACGCAUAGCAAUCAAAGAAAACUAUAUUUCUUGGAAGGAAAUACUUGAGGAUCCGCCAAAUUUCCUCCGUACUCUGCCAGGGUUCCCUCAUGACAGAGCCGUAUGCGUCACACACAUCUUUUUGGUCUGGAUCACAUUGAAGCCCCUAAAGCUCAGAUACCAAAUAAAUCUAAUCGAAGCGCUGGAUUCAACUGUGCGCGCUGUGUUUUCACAAUGCCCACUCAUUCCGACAAUCCCCGGUGUAUUAGUGCAGGAUUUAUGGAGUUUGAAAAACUGUGUUUUGUCCCAAGGUUUGCGUUCCACCGGAGUGGCUGCAAACAGUCAGUUGGUUGCCAAGAUUCUCAAACCCACUGAUCAUUCGAUGUUUGGGAACGGAGUAAUCUUGACUUCCAUGGUUCUCAUGAGGCGAGCAGGCGCUUCUUCCAACAGUGAGUCGAGAAACGGAGACCCAACGGUGGAUCAAUAUGAAGCAUAUGAAAUUUCUCGUCUUUGGAUGACCACGGUUCCCAUGGGCCCAAGUGACCACUGCGUAGUGGAGAAAGUCAAUUGGAUCGACAAGUGGCCACCCCAACUUGCAGACUGUAAGGGCACCGUCAAACUUGUUCAUGAAGACCCCCUGUGGGAUAAAAAUGUCACAGGAGACAAAUAUCUUUACCGACACCCAAUGUAUGCUGUCCACUUCGCUCAUCUUGAAUAG